CUUUACUUUUCGAGAAAAAUUUACUUCCGUAGAAAAUGUCGCGUGUGAUGUGCAACCCAACAAUGGUGAGUAGGAGUGUUCUAGGGUCCCAAACAAGUUCAAAAACGGUGACAGAGACAAUGAGUGGUUCCCACGAGUUUGUGAUCAAGGGUUACUCACUAACGAAAGGAAUGGGCAUUGGGAAAUACAUCGUGAGUGAGACUUUCAUAGUGGGAGGGUUCCAAUGGGCCAUAUACUUUUUCCCUGAUGGUAGGGACCCCAAAGAUAAUGCCGCUUAUGUCUCUGUCUUUGUUGCACUCCAUUCCAAGAGCACCAACGUUCGUGCGUUGUUCAAUCUCACGUUGCUCGACCUAUGCAAGAAAGGAGAGCACAAGGUUCAUAGCCACUUCAGUCACUCCCUCACGAUUGGGCCUUACACACUCAUAAACCAUGGCAGCAUGUGGGGUUAA